AUGGAUGCAAGAAAAUCAACUGGUAAAGAAGGAGAAAAGUGUCUUGUAGCUGAAAUUACUGUCCACUCGCAGCAAUCAAGUCAUACAAAGAAUUUAGAAUUUUGCAGAGCAAAUGUUUUCAGGAGAAAGAGGGACCAUCUUCUAAAGCCUAAGUACUCUCCAAUAUCUGAUAAUAUAAAUGCACGUGUCAAUUGGAUAAAAUGUUGUAUAUCCAGUGUGAAGUUCUCUGUUCUAAUUAAUGGAAGUCCUGAAGGUUUUUUUCAAUCUAGCAGGGGUUUGAGGCAGGGAGAUCCUCUGUCAUCUUUCCUAUUCUUAUUAGCCAUGGAGGGGGUAAAUUACAUGAUCAGAAAAGCCAAAACUAAUGGACGGAUAAAAGGGAUUGGAACCCAAACCAAUAGGGGUGAAGACAUGGAAAUUACACACUUAUUGUAUGCUGAUCACUCUUUGGUGUUUUGUGAGGCUAAGGUUGAACAAAUCAGACACCUAAAGGCAAUAUUGACCAUCUUUGAAGCCAUCUCAGGCCUCCAUGUUAACUGGAAUAAGAGUUUCUUAUAUCCAGUGAAUCAGGUGACUGAUCUACAGUUUCUGGCAAGUAACUUGGGCUGUCAAACUGAGUCACUGCCCACAAAGUACUUGGGAAUGCCUCUGGGUGCCAACCACAAGGCACAAGAGAUAUGGAAUGAUGUGUUAUAA